AUGGCUGAUGUCGAUGAUGGAACGUCUGCGCCGGCAGAGCCCAUGGACUUGGUACGCCUGUGCCUUGACGAGAUCGUGUUCGUGAAGUUGAGAGGAGACCGAGAAUUGAAGGGCAGGUUACACGCAUACGAUGGACACUGCAAUCUGGUAUUGGGUGAUGUGGAGGAGACAAUCUACGUGGUAGAAGAGGACGAGGACGAAGAGGAGGUCAUACGGACUAUCCACAAGAAAUCAGAGAUGCUAUUCGUCAGAGGAGAUAGUGUUGUCUUAAUCUCUCCCCAAGGAGGAUCUUGA